UCGUGAGAUAGGUGCAUACGCGGGCUGAUCAGUAGGAAGCCCCUGGCGCUGUGGAAGUUUGCCACCACAAUCACCUCAACAUCCACCCUAUAUUCUCUAAGAAGCAUGUUGCUACUGAAUUAAACUACUAACACAUUCUAAUACCGGGACGAGACAACAAACGCGGCGGCGUUUAUAGAGAGAAGUGGAUAUUUUCUUGGCGUUUUACUUUUUGGAAUGUAGGGUGAAAAACAAAAUACUUUUUAUACUGGAAUUAAGUGAAGGGGGCUCUAACAAGAUGGGUUGGAGGAAGGCGUGUUUACUCCUGACCGUGGCGCUCCUGGUAUUGAUGAUGUCACAUACAUCCCGUGCGCAAACGUGUGGAGGUGUGUCCUGUCAGUUCGGAGAGUGCAUGGACGAGGUCUGUGUCUGCAACGCGGGCUACACGGGGGAAAGCUGUACAAUGGAAAUCAACGAGUGCUUGUCGGAUCCUUGUAUGAAUAACGCAACAUGUGUGGACCUCUUCAAUCGAUUCUUCUGUACAUGCCCCCAGGGUUUUGAUGGAGAGACGUGUCAGAAUGAGACCGGUCCAUGUAGGAAUAAGCCUUGUGUGAAUGGAGAUUGCACUAAUCAAUUUGGAGGAGGGGAAGAUUUCUAUACGUGUGACUGCUACCCCGGUUGGCAGGGUGACAACUGCGAAAUAGAUAUCGAUGAAUGCAUCGUAUUUGGAUUCCCAUGCCAAAAUGGAGCAGAGUGCAUCAAUCUGGAGAAUGCAUAUUCCUGCAAUUGUACGUCUGGCUGGACUGGAUUCAAUUGUACUGAAGAUUUUGAUGAGUGCUCAAGUAUUCCAUGUCUGAAUGGCGCUACCUGUACAAAUCUGCAAGAUAGGUUUAACUGCACGUGCCCCUUACAGUGGACAGGAACACAAUGUGAAAUAGAGAAAAAUGCAUGUAUCGGUGACCCUUGUCUUAAUGGAGGCACAUGUAACAACUACUAUGACUACUACACAUGCACCUGCCCUGCUCAUUUUCUUGGUGCACAUUGUGAAGAUGCCUCAAGUAUAUGCUAUGCGACUGGUGAUCCUCACUAUUUGACCUUCGAUGACGUAUGGCAUGACUUCCAGGGUGAUUGCGAGUAUACUCUGGUCCAGGAAUGCAGAGAUGGCACAGACUCACCAUUUAGAGUUGAUGUCAGGAAUAUUGACAAGGAAGAGAAUAUCUAUGGAUCAUAUACCUAUGAAGUAACAGUUCAAGUCUUUGAAGUGGAAAUCACUUUGAAACAAGACAGAGAGGUGUUUGUCAAUGGACGGCGAGUGACCCUACCUGCAGAACCAAUAUCAGGAUUGACUGUGAAAAGCAUUGGUUUCUAUGUGGAAGUAUCAGCCGACGUCCAGUCAAAUGGUCAGAAUGUUUAUAUCUUUGUCAAAUGGGAUGGUCAACGAACUGUUGAGGUCAGACUGCCCUUUGCCCAGUAUCAGAAUAUCACAUGUGGUCUAUGUGGUAAUUUCAAUGGGAACCUGACAGACGAGUUUAUUAUGCAAGAUGGCCAGUUGGCGACUGAUGUUCAAGAGUUUGGCAAUAGUUGGACAGUAAACCCUGCAACUUGUGUCCCGUUGGUUCCUGAAGAUAAUCUCUGCAACGAAACGUCUGAUGCAUAUAACCAGGCUUCCCUUGCCUGUCAAAUCAUAACAGAUGCUACAGGGCCUUUUCAGAGAUGUUUUGACACUCUUGACCCCAUUCCAUUCUAUGAUGCAUGCGUGUUUGAUGGCUGUAUAGUCCCUGCUAGUCAGCUCAACGAAACGACAUGCCAUCUCAUUGAACUCUACGCACAGGCAUGCCUUGACCGCGAAGCUGUCAUAGAGGAUUGGAGAAACGAUUCCUUCUGUCCGGUUUCCUGCCCAGCUGACCAGGCAUACAGUUGGUGUACCGAUGCCUGUCCAUCUACCUGUUAUGAUGUCAUACAAGGGGCUUCCCCAAUCUGUGACAGACCAUGUGUUGAGGGAUGCCGGUGUCCAGAUGGCCUGGUGUUUGAUGGCUUUGACUGUGUAGACAUGAGCCAAUGUGGAUGUUAUGUGGAUGGAAUAUACUACUCGAUUGGGGAUAGCAUUUACACCCCUGGCUGCUUCUCCAAGCGCACUUGCACCGGUAACAAUAAGAUUGAUAGCUCUGCCCAGACCUGCAGCGAGUUUGCUACUUGUAGAAUUGAGGAAGGCGAACAUGGCUGCAAUUGUCUAGCUGGUUAUGCUGGAGAUGGAAUCACGUGUUCAGACAUCAACGAGUGUGACAGCAGCCCGUGUAUCAAUGGAGCAUGUGUGAAUGACAUCAACUUCUAUGCGUGUAACUGUGACCGUGGAUGGUCCGGUUAUAACUGUGACCUUGCUUGCAUGGAGAAUCCUUGUGAGAAUGGAGGCUCCUGUGUGGAAAUCGAUGCUACUUCAUUUGAGUGCCAAUGCCCUUUUCCAUUCAACGGAACAUUCUGUGAAAUCAAUAAUGAUCCUUGCCAGAUGGACCCAACACCCUGUCUGAACGGAGCAACCUGUAAUAACUAUGGACUUCUAUACAACUGCUCCUGUGCUUACGGCUUCCAAGGAUUCAAUUGUGAAGAAGAGGUGAAUCCAUGUCGGGAUGAACCCUGUUUGAAUGGAGGUACUUGUACGAAUCUGAUAGAGACUUACACCUGUGCCUGUGGGGGAUCCUUCAUGGGCAGAAACUGUGAAAUAGAGUAUGGAAUCUGCUAUACCUCUGGUGAUCCUCACUACAAGACCUUCGAUGAUCUGAGGCACAACUUUCAAGGAAGCUGUUCCUACGUCCUCACCCAGGAUUGCUCUUCUACAAAUCCACUCUUCAAAGUGAUUGUAUCAAAUAGAAAGAGAUCUCAGACAGCAGCAGUAUCAUAUACAUAUGAUGUUAAAGUCAUCCUAAACCAAACGGAGAUACACCUAGGUCCCAGCCUUGAUGUAGUUGUAAAUGGUGUGAUUGUCAGCCUCCCUUCUGAAAGGCCGGGUGUUAGGAUUUCAGUUAGUGGCAUCUAUGUGCAAGUAGUAUCAGAUGUUGGUCUAUAUGUGCGAUGGGACGGAGACAGCAGGGCAGAGGUAAAAGUGACAUCAGGCUUCAAGAACAAUACCUGUGGUCUAUGUGGAAACUACAAUGGAAUAGGUACAGAAGAGGAUGAGUUUCUUACACCAACAGGAAACUCAGUGUCCAAUGAAGCAGCAUUUGGGAACAGCUGGGAAGCUUACAAUGAUCCAGAGUGUGUUCCACUUGGAGAUGAAAUCAACCCAUGCCUGAGCGCUAGUGAGUCUGUGGUUCUAGAGGCCCAAAGCAAGUGUGACAUCAUCCAAAAUUCUGAAGGUCUUUCAGAUUGCUACGCUGUAUUGGAACCUACCCCAUACUUUAGAGACUGUGUCUAUGAUGUCUGUGCGUCACCAGAAGAUGGCGAUACUGCACUUUGUAAUGCAAUGGCAUCAUACACUCAAGCAUGCAGAUACUUUUAUGUGGACAUUCCUUCAUGGAGGAAUGCAACUCUCUGUCCCUUGACCUGCCCAUCAAACAGCACCUAUGGCAAUUGCAUCUCUGCCUGUCCUCGCACCUGUUGGAAUUACCAAGACCUUGAUCGCACCUGUUACGACCUAUGUGUUGAAGGGUGUGCCUGUGAUGAAGGGUUUGUCCUAGAGGACCUUCGGUGUAUUCCAGAGAGCGAGUGCGGAUGCGUCACAGAUGGAUUAUAUCUCACAGUUGGCAGUAAUCUUUUGACUCCAGACUGUUCAGAAUACUGUGAGUGUAACCCUGGUGGUAGUAUCAACUGCACCCAGGUAUCCUGCGAUCCCAAUGCAUCUUGUGGAGUGGUGGAUGGGCAGACACGCUGCAUAUGCAAUGCUGGCUACGAUUCUGUUGGCUAUGGAUUCACCUGCCUCGAUAUCGACGAAUGCGAAAGCAGCCCUUGUGCAAACGGGACCUGCAUCGAUGAAGUCAAUGGCUAUACCUGUGACUGCACACCAGGCUGGACGGGUAAACUCUGCGCUCAGAAGGAUGAAUGCUACUCAGACCCCUGUCAAAAUGGAGCUACUUGCAGGGAUGGUGUGGAUAGGUUCACAUGCAUUUGUGCUCCAGGCUGGACAGAUGAAUUUUGUGGAACAGACAUUAAUGAAUGUGCAGGCGACCCUUGUGCCAAUGGUGGAAUCUGUAUUGAUAAACUCGCUGCCUAUGAAUGUAAUUGUACUGUAGGAUGGGAAGGACAAAACUGUGAAAUAGAUAUUAAUGAGUGUGCCAGCAUUCCAUGUUUGAACGGAGGUACUUGCUUUGAAUUUAUUGGAUUCUACCGGUGUUCAUGCCCAUCUAUUUACUCUGGAGAUAGAUGUGAAAUAGAUACAUCGCCCUGUGCAGAAGACCCUUGCUUGAAUGGUGGAACGUGUGUUGGGUUGAGUACGGCAGUCUACAAGUGCAACUGCAUUGCUGGUUAUGUAGGAGAAAACUGUGAAGUGGAUGUGAAUGAAUGUUUCAAUGACCCCUGUCUAAAUGGGGGUACUUGCAAUGAUCUGGUUGACAUGUAUCAGUGUGAGUGUGUCAUCGGAUUCGCUGGUGUCAACUGUGAAGAAGAUGAUCGCCCUCAACUGGAGAUCGUCCGAAUCUGGAGCGAUGCUAUCACCGUCUACUGGACUGUGCUCAUCGAGGUCGAGUGGUUCAGGUUUGAGUAUCGGAAGGCUAACGAUUCAGAGUGGAUCACUAGUGACCUUAUGAGCGGAGAAAGACGUCUGUACAGUCUUAUUGGUCUUGAGAGUGAGACCAUCUAUGAACUGCAGCUUGUGAUGAGGAGGGCUGUAGGGGGAGCGUCGCCACCACUGUACCGAUCACAGUUGUGA